AUGGGAGGAGGGGAUCUUAAUUUAAAGAAAAGUUGGCAUCCAUCGACAUUUAAAAACCAAGAACGUGUUUGGAAAGAAGAACGAAAGCAUUCAGAUGAGCAACGCAAGAUUGAACAAAUGAAAAAAGAGCUGGCUGAAGAGCGCCAACUUCAAGAGCUUCAGCAACUUCAAGAGCAAGCAGGUGGAAGAUCUCGAUCUGAUAAACUUGAUUGGAUGUAUGCUGCACCGAAUCAAGGAUCCAAUAAAGCAGGAGGAAGUGACAUGGAAGAAUUCCUGCUCGGAAAGAAGAAUGUUGAUGAGAUCCUACGCAAUCGAGGAAAUGGAGAAUCGCUAGCAUCAUCUAACGAUGACAGAUUUGCACUGUCAAAUGCAAACGCUAACACUGAAAGAGAUAUUCAAGCGAAAAUCAGAGAAGAUCCAUUAUUGAUGAUCAAACGUCGGGAACAGCAAGCCUUGAGAGCAAUUGUCGAUAAUCCGUUGCGUAUGAAAGAAUUAAAAAAGGAGAAGAAAAGUAAGAAAAGUAAAAAAGAUAUCACUUCCGACCGACACCGCCAACACAAGCGACAUAGUUCAGAUAAGCACAGUAACGAAAGACGAGAUCGAUCUAAAGAAAAGUCAAAGCAUACAUAUGAAAGAAAUACACGACGU